AUGGAGUCACAAUCUGAGUGUUACUUCAACAUUCCUGUUUUGUUAAUUUCGACGAUUGUUAGUUUUUUAAGUGUCCAUUCAACAAUAAUCGAAAAACCCGUUUUUAAGUGGCUGAAUAAGCAAACAGGGAAAGAAAGGGAGCUGCAGCUCCAGAAACUUGCGUUAAAAAAUGAGCAGUCAUCUCUCAGUAUGGUGGACGAGUUUGCAAAAUACUCAAAGCUUCAAAGACGCAUCAAUGUGAUUGAUCGAGAACUAGAACAGAUAAAAGGGGACAAACCAACCAACAGUUUUGUCGUACAGUUGGGUUUCACGUACGGUGUCAAGUUGGUCUUUGCCUUGUUGUUAAUACUGUUAUCGCUUUAUUACCGGUACACUCCUGUGCUAUAUCUAGGCGAUAAAAUCAGUUUAACGCCGUUUACGAACUUUAUUUGCUAUCCAAAUGACGCCAAUUAUGUGUCUUUUUACUUUUGGGCGAUGUGUUGCGUGACUGUGGCCCGAUUAAUUUAA